AUGAUACUGCGCCGCCGCGGGUCCAGCGGCGGGCUGCGCAUCAAGAAGAAGGGCCGCGGGUUCAUGUGCGGCUGCGGCGGCUCCAAGGCCGUGUCCGUCUCAGACGGCGGCUCCGACGACAAGCAGUCCCCCAUGGCCACGCCGCCCACCAACACGUCGACCGCCACCACCAUGUCCAUCGCCACCACCGCCACUACGACGACGAGGAGGGCCGCAGGGAACAGCAGCAAGUCGGCGUCGAUGAUCUCCUCCGCGGCGGCGGCGGCGUCCUCCUCGUUCUCGCCCUCCUCCACGGACGACGCCGACACCAGCGUGGGGAGCACGCCGAGCGUGGCGGCGCUCCUGCGCCAGCUCGGCGAGCUGGAGCGCACCGUGCGCUCCCUCCAGGGCCACACCGCCGAGAACGUCGGCGGCGGCGGCAGGGGGCGGCACAGGCGGACGGCGAGCGAGGGCGGCGCGAGGAGGAUCGAGGAGAGCGUGGCGGUGGUGAAGGAGUCGGCGGACCCGCUGGCGGACUUCCGGCGGUCGAUGCUGCAGAUGAUCGUGGAGAAGGAGAUCGUGGGCGGCGACGAGCUGCGGGAGCUCCUCCACCGGUUCCUGUCCCUCAACGCGCCGCACCACCACCACCUCAUCCUCCGCGCCUUCGCGGAGAUCUGGGAGGAGGUCUUCUCCGGCUACGACCGCACCCCGGACUUCCUCGUCUCCCACCCCAACCGCAACGGCAAGAGGAGGCUCCAUCUCCAACGGGAACCAGCGGCCGCAGUCAGCCCGCUCCGCUGA